ACCCUAAUAUUAUGUCAUAAUUACUCCUCUCCCACAGUCCCUUGCAAAACUCAAAGUCGCACCAAAAUUUCCACCGUAGACGGACGAUUUCCAUUUGAAUACUAUCGAACAUUUUCCAUCUUUAAGGUUAUACAGCCUUUGUUGAAAUGGCGACCGAAGGAUUGUCUGAGGAAAUCCGUCUAGAGGACGGAAAGUCCGAGCACGCGAAUUGUAGUAACGAAGCAAACGGGAAGGCUGUGCAAGAAGAGGUUGAGGAUAAAAUUGAUGACCUAACAGUGGAUGAGCCACAAGAAGCUGCAAAAAAGAAGAAGCGGAAAAGUAAAAGCAAGAAGAAAAAAGAACCGCCUCAGCAAACUGAUCCUCCAUCUAUUCCUGUGACUGAACUUUUUCCAUCUGGCGAGUUUCCAGAGGGUGAAAUUCAACAAUAUGCAGACGAUAACUUGUGGAGGACUACAUCUGAGGAAAAGAGGGAAUUGGAGCGACUGGAAAAACCAAUCUAUAAUUCUGUUCGCCGAGCAGCAGAGGUCCACCGUCAGGUUCGGAAGUACAUCAAGCAAAUUUUGAAGCCUGGAAUGUUGAUGAUUGACCUGUGUGAGACCUUGGAGAACACAGUUCGUAAAUUAAUAUCUGAGAACGGUCUUCAGGCUGGUAUUGCAUUUCCUACAGGAUGCUCAUUGAACUGGGUUGCUGCCCAUUGGACCCCGAAUUCUGGGGAUAAAACUGUCCUUCAGUAUGAUGAUGUGAUGAAACUGGACUUUGGAACUCAUAUUGAUGGGCAUAUAGUGGAUUGUGCAUUUACUGUGGCAUUCAACCCCAUGUUUAGUCCACUGCUUGAGGCCUCGCGUGAAGCUACCAAUACGGGAAUCAAGGAAGCUGGGAUUGAUGUGCGCCUAGGCGACAUAGGUUCUGCAAUUCAAGAGGUCAUGGAAUCAUAUGAGGUUGAAAUCAAUGGAAAGGUGUUCCAAGUUAAAAGUAUCCGAAAUCUAAAUGGGCAUAGCAUUGGAAAUUAUCAAAUCCAUGCUGGGAAAUCUGUUCCUAUUGUGAAAGGAGGAGAGCAAACAAAAAUGGAAGAGGGUGAAUUUUAUGCAAUCGAGACCUUUGGAUCCACGGGGAAGGGAUACGUCAGAGAAGAUCUUGAAUGCAGCCAUUAUAUGAAGAAUUUUGAUGCUGGUCACGUUCCACUGCGGUUACCUAGAGCAAAACAGCUAUUAGCAACAAUUAAUAAGAAUUUCUCUACAUUGGCUUUCUGCAGACGUUAUCUAGACCGCCUUGGAGAAACUAAAUAUCUGAUGGCACUAAAGAACUUGUGUGAUGCUGGUAUUGUUCAGCCUUAUCCUCCUCUGUGUGACAUUAAGGGCAGCUAUGUAUCGCAGUUUGAGCAUACAAUUCUACUUCGUCCGACUUGCAAAGAAGUGGUAUCCAGAGGUGAUGAUUAUUGAUGGAAGGUUUCAGUCUUGGAUUGAUAUUUACAAAAUGAUCGUAUGUCGGAUGUUUUUACAUUAAUCAAAUCAAAACUUGCUUAAGCUCUAUCCACUGUUUUCCUUUUGUGAUUCGUACUCGAGCUGGUUUUGUAGUAGCAACGUAAGGAGGCUGAAGUCCAUAAUUUUUGUUCGAAAAUACCCGACCAAUAUUUAAGAUAUGGGAUAUUUAACAGGACAA